UCAGAGUUGAGGGCAAACUCACUCCACUUUCUCUGCAGCAGCUCGUACGCUCUCCAGGAAACACAAGGCGACCGUUGCUCCCUGUCACCGUUAUAUAUACGUUAUUCGCCUCAUCUAUGGAUAACGCCGAAGAAAAGGUAGCCAUGAGAGAAUCAAAAAGACGAGAGCGUCAAUCAGGUUCAAGCAGGUAUGAUUUACGUGAUGUUGAAGCCUUGGAAGAUUCGGACAAUGACAUCGGCUUGUGUGGCUGGCUGUUGGUGGCCCUCUCCAUCCUUCUCAUGCUGCUCACUCUGCCCAUCUCUGUAUGGAUGUGCAUUAAGAUUGUGAAGGAGUACGAGCGAGCCAUUAUCUUUCGCCUGGGGCGGAUUUUGCGAGGAGGAGCAAAAGGCCCAGAUACUACAUGA